UACACUCCGUGAAAGCUUCAUUGCUCUUUCAGUUCUUCGUUGAGUACGUUUCUUGUUCUUCAAUUCCAAUUUCUCAAGUGUUAUGUACUCUCGAAUGUAACUUCAAUCAAGUGUUGUAUAUUUUAUUUUUCAUUAUAAAAAAGCAUUUUUUUUCCUUUUCGUUAUUGUGAAAAUGGAGUCAUCAGCAAUAACACUAUCGCCUCCAGCAUCACCUCAAUUAAAACAAAUUCACGUUGAACCAUUACUGUCGACGUUCAGUGUUGCCGCAAUAUUAGGAGAGAAAGUAAUAAGCAAGAGAGGGUUUAAUGAAGAAAACCUGAAGCGAACCGAAGAUGGUAAUAAUCAUCUCGUAUUCCCUCCAACACCACAACCGUCUGACUCCGAAGAAGACGAAUUGCCAAGGAAAAGGCGCUGUCUAGAGCAAUGCGAAUUAGCAAAGCUUUUACUGGACGGUACACCACCGUCAAGUCCAGAACCAGCACGAGCUUCGGUGAUAAUGCGAGCAAAUCGCGAUGGAACAUGUACUCCAGCAAACUUAUCAUCUCCAAACCCAAUUCCCCAGCCGGAGAAAUUAGCAAGUCCUCCAGUUCCAAAAUCACCUGCAGUCCAGCCGGAGAACAUUCUCAAGAGUCUCAAAUUCAAGAUGAGCCUGCGAAAAGAAGAGAUUAUCGUCAACAAUAAGAAUACAGAUCGUGAGACAACUCAACCAAAAUUACAACCCUUGGCUCCUAAACCAUCAGUGACGGGAUUAUUAAGUUCCCCUCUCGUCCUACCUCGAACACCUCUUCUCCUAGUGACAAUACCAAAUCCAACAGCAGCAACAACAUCAAUUUCCGUUCCCGAGGCGACAACCCGUCGCCGAGUCUACGAGUGCGAGCAUCCUGGAUGUGCAAAAAAUUACUUCAAAUCCUCACAUCUCAAGGCUCACACCCGAACGCACACCGGCGAAAGACCAUUUCCCUGUCCCUAUGAGGAUUGCGGACGUAAAUUUUCACGCAGCGAUGAACUCUCGAGACACAAGCGCACUCACACUGGAGAAAAGAAAUUCGUCUGCCUCGUUUGUCAAAGACGUUUCAUGCGAAGUGAUCAUCUCGCCAAACACGUUAAGCGUCAUUCAAGAGACAGAAAUUCCGCAUUAUCAUCAACAAACACACCCAAAGUUGUUCCAGGUCCAUUGAGGGUGAGCCUACUUCCAGUUCUUGCACCGAGAAUUCAACAGCUCAUGACCUGAAACAAAGGUGGAAAAGAAAAUUACAAUCAAGUAUCAAAAUCAUCAUGAGAUGAUAGAAAUUCCGGGACCAAAAGAGAAAAUCAUCCACACGUUCCAGAUCAUUUCUUUUUUUUGCGCUUCAAAAUUAAAUCUAGUCUUAAGAUUUAAGCGUUUUGAACAGCAGUUUUCUGCUUUGGAAAAAAAGUAAGAAAAAAUAUGUCACGAGAAAGAAGAAGAAGAAAAGAUUAUCUCAUCUGAAAUAGACUUUUGUGCGAAUUGAAAAAUGAAGAUCUUAUACAGUGAUCGUGCAAUUAAAACGAGUACCUAAGUGUGUCUGUGAUUUGUACAUAUGUUUUAUAAAAGAAAACAAAAUUAAGAGAAAAUAAUAUUUAUUGCUAAACUCUGUAAUAGAGUCUGUACAUAUUUUCUUGUAUUUGUUCAAAAAAUUAGGAUCAUCAAAUAAUUUAAUAUCAUUUUGUUUUCGACUAUCGCCUUGUUAACUCCCAUUAUAAGGAGAUUUAUAAGACUUUGAUCCCAUUUUUCAUUUUUGUACCUAUUUCCAGAAAAAAAGAAGCAAUUAAAACUUAUAUACUUUUUUAUAUAAA